UUGCUCUCCUACACAGUGUCCACCAACAAUACCCCUUCUCGCUGCUUUCACCCGCUUCUGAAACUCCACCACGGAACUCACGUCCCCCCUCGUGAAUUGAACUCCCCAGCUAACCGCCCUCCCAUAGCCCUGCCCCAUCCUUCCCACCAAGACCGCCCUCCCGCCCAAGCCAACCUGCACCUGCGAACCCAUGGCCUGCCUCCAAUCCUGGCCCGACUCGUGCUACUGCGAAAACGGCAUCAAGCAGAGCUGCUACGAGAAGUGCGGCGGGCCCAAGCCCUCUCUAGCCGUAAGCCAAACCCUCCUUCAUCCAGAAUCCGUAUUCCAGUGUAGCUAACCAUAACUCCCACAACAGGUCUGCCCUCCGCGCGACUACGCCGAAGUCAUCACUCCCAGGAGCACCCCGACACCCAAGCCAAAGCCAUCCUGUCCCUGCAAGCCUCGAGCCUGCCCCAUGAUCUACCCACAAGGCUGCUACUGCAUGAACGACGAGAAGCUGCGCUGCUGGGAGCAAUGCGGCGGGCCCAAGCCCACUCUAGCCUCCUGCCCACCCAUCUCACCCCCGCAAACCCUCUCAACCCUUACAACCACCAAACAGCCCCCCACCCCCACCCCAACAAACCCCAUCUGCGGCGGCGGCCGCGCAGGCUACCACGAAUGCCCCUCGGGCCUCACGUGCAUCAAGGACCCGCGCGACCCGGGCUGCGGCCCCGCCUGCGACGGCCUCGGCAUCUGCGUCGAGGACAAGAUGUGUGGCGGUUUCGCGGGCUUGCCCUGUAACGAUGGCAGGAAGGUGUGCAUGGAUGAUCCGAGGGAUGGUUGCGAUCCCCAGAAGGGUGGGGCGGAUUGCGGUGGCGUGUGUGUGUUUCCUGAUAAGGGGCCUUAUGGGGAGUGGUGAGAGGAAAAAAAAGGGAAGGGGGAUGGAGGUUUGAGUGGAUGAUAGGGGGGAAUUGUUUCUUUGAUUUGAUUGGGGAAAAUGGGUGGACGUUCUUUGCUUUGGAG